GACACUUUUCUGUCUCAGCCUGGAGACCUGGGACAGGAGAGAGAGGGGAGUGGGGAAGUUGGGGAGAGUUUCUUUACAUCCUGCUGGUCAUCAUGGCCACUUCAGUCUCUUGAGCAUUUCCUGUGAGUCAUCUUGCUCCAACUGGGAGUCAGGCUGGGCUGGAGUUAUUUCCAUUUUCCUGAUUGGUAGACUAAGGCUCAGAGAGAGGAGGAGGCAUUACCCAAAGCCGCACAGCUGGUAAAUGGGAAAAGAGGGGUUUAAAGGUAUCAGGUGUCCCUGAGCUGGUGGCAGAGAAAAGGGCUCUCCUGAGUGUUCAACUCCCCAUCUGUGUGAAGUGAUGCCUUGGUCUUCAAGAUCUCCGGAGUCUUCCAGCCUGCCUGCCAGUCUCCCAUCUCUUCCCUUCCACAGCACUCAGGCACAUAGAGCCUUCUGCAGCGGCCCCUCCCCAGCCAGCACUUGACAGGACAGAUGGGGGCUAAUCUGGCCCUGCUAAGCAGCGACAUGCCUCUCCUGGAGAAGGCAGGGGCUUCCUGGAACUUGCCCCAGCCUUAUCAGUGGAGGUUUGCCCCAACACAUCCCAGAAACAAGCAAAGGUUCAGCACCAUGCAGUUGGCAGGUGUCGGGAUCAUCAGUCAUCCCCUUGUCAGUCCUGAGCCUGCUGGGCUUUUGUGAGGGUGCCAGGAACACAGGCUGGAGGAUGGCAGGAGGGGAGUAGAAGUGGGAGGAGGGGAGUCCAUCUGCAGCACCAGGGAAGGGAUGGAUGCUGGCUUCUCUGGUCACCUCAGCUGGAACACUACUCAAGGUCCCUGGCUUCUGUCCUCCACCUGCCCCCAGGGGCCCUGCAUUCCCAUCCCCAGGGCCUCCACUCUCCCUGAGCCCUGCAGUCACUCACUCGCUCACUCACUCACUCACUCACUCACUCACUCACUCACUCACUCACUCACAGGGUUUUGAGUUGGAUAACACAGCGUAAUGAUCGGGAAGUGGACUCCCAAACUGAGAACACGGAGCUGUCCUCUUGGGGAGAGGCUCAGGGCUCGGGGAAGUGGAGAAGUUCAGCUGAGGGCACAGCUGGCCUGAGCUGCUCUCAGUACAGGCAGAGGCCUUGGUAGCCGUGCUGUGAUGAGAGUUUGCUCCCUGCAGCUCUCUUCUGGCAUGGAGAGAUGAACCUGUAAUCCAAGUGUUAAAACCAUGCCCUGGGGAAAAACACUAUGAAUUCUGAAUCAUCUCUUUUGUUGCAUUAAAAAAAAAUAGAAGAGAAAAACUUCACAUGAGCCACUCAAGGUGUGCAGGCAGCUGUGUUUGUCAGGAAGGCGGAAGGAGUUGGCUUUGCUUUGAGGGAGGAGACGAGGUCCCACAACACCCUCUGAGGGGUAUAUAAGGAGCCCCAGAGUGCAGCCUGGCCUGGUACCUCCUGCCAGCGUCUCUUGGGUUUGCUGAGAACGGGCUCCGGCUACCUGGCCAUGACCACCACAUUUCUGCAAACUUCUUCCUCCACCUUUGGGGGUGGCUCUACCCGAGGGGGUUCUCUUCUGGCUGGGGGAGGUGGCUUUGGUUGGGGGAGUCUCUGUGGGGGAGGUGGAAGCCGAAGUAUCUCAGCUUCUUCUGCUAGGUUUGUCUCUUCAGGGUCAGGAGGAGGAUAUGGGGGUGGCAUGAGGGUCUGUGGCUUUGGUGGAGGGGCUGGUAGUGUUUUUGGUGGAGGCUUUGGAGGGGGUGUUGGUGGGAGUUUUGGUGGUGGCUUUGGUGGUGGCGAUGGUGGUCUCCUCUCUGGCAAUGAGAAAAUUACCAUGCAGAACCUCAAUGACCGCCUGGCCUCCUACCUGGACAAGGUACGUGCCCUGGAGGAGGCCAAUACUGACCUGGAGGUGAAGAUCCGUGACUGGUACCAGAAGCAGGCUCCGACCAGCCCGGAACGCGACUACAGCCAAUAUUUCAAGACCAUUGAAGAGCACCGGGACAAGAUCAUGGCCACCACCAUCGACAACUCCCGGGUCAUCCUGGAGAUCGACAAUGCCAGGCUGGCUGUGGACGACUUCAGGCUCAAGUAUGAGAAUGAGCUGGCCCUGCGCCAGGGCGUCGAGGCUGACAUCAAUGGCUUGCGCCAAGUCCUGGAUGAGCUGACCCUGGCCAGGACUGACCUGGAGAUGCAGAUUGAGGGCCUGAAUGAGGAGCUAGCCUACCUGAAGAAGAACCACGAGGAGGAGAUGAAGGAGUUCGACAGCCAGCUGGCCGGCCAGGUCAAUGUGGAGAUGGACGCAGCACCGGGUGUGGACCUGACCCGCGUGCUGGCAGAGAUGAGGGAGCAGUACGAGGCCAUGGCGGAGAGGAACCGCCGGGAUGUUGAGGCCUGGUUCUUCAGCAAGACUGAGGAGCUGAACAAAGAGGUGGCCUCCAACACAGAAAUGAUCCAGACCAGCAAGACGGAGAUCACAGACCUGAGACGCACGAUGCAGGAGCUGGAGAUCGAGCUGCAGUCCCAGCUCAGCAUGAAAGCUGGGCUGGAGAACUCACUGGCCGAGACAGAGUGCCGCUAUGCCACGCAGCUGCAGCAGAUCCAGGGGCUCAUCGGUGGCCUGGAGGCCCAGCUGAGUGAGCUCCGAUGCGAGAUGGAGGCUCAGAACCAGGAGUACAAGAUGCUGCUUGACAUAAAGACGCGGCUGGAGCAGGAGAUCGCCACCUACCGCAGCCUGCUCGAGGGCCAGGAUGCCAAGAUGGCUGGCAUUGGCAUCAGGGAAGCCUCUUCGGGAGGUGGCGGCAGCAGCAGCAAUUUCCGCAUCAACAUAGAGGAGUCACUGGAUGGAAAGGUGGUUUCUUCCCGCACGAGAGAAAUCUAAGUGUCCAUUGCAGGAGAAACGUCCCUCGCCACUCCCCACUCUCAUCAGGCCAAGUGGAGGACUGGCCAGAGGGCCUGCACAUGCAAACUCCUGUCCCUGCCUUCAGAGAGCUGAAAAGGGUCCCUCGGUCUUUUAUUUCAGGGCUUUGCAUGCGCUCUGUUCCCCCUCUGCCUCUCCCCACCUUCUUUAGAGCAAGGAGGUGCAGCUGUAUUGUGUAACAAGCUCAUUUGUACAGUGUCUGUUCAUGCAAUAAAGAAUUACUUUUCCUUUUGCAAAUAUC